AUGUCCCAGCCGGUAUUUCACUACCUAGACCUUGGCCGCCUCGGCCGAGGAGAAGUCGUUCGUCUCUUUUUGAAAGACGCUGGUGUUGAUUUCAAAGAUAUCCGCUAUCCUUAUGACGCCACCUGGCCGGCAGCGAGUGAGGACCUUAAGAAGAAGGGAAUUACUUUGACAGGCAAGUUGCCUGUUAUCGAAUAUAAGGGUAAAAUCUUAGGCCAGCAUAUCCCAAUUCUGCGCUAUUUCUCUCGUGAACUCGGUUCUUACGAGGGGGAUUCCAACUUUGAGAAAUAUGUUGUCGACGCUGUUUCAGAUUUGUAUAUUGACUGGCGAGUCCAGUGGGUUGCCUCCUUGAAGGGGGUGACCGACGAGUACAAGAACAAGAUUGUCCCGGAUUAUUACAAUCUUGUUUCACGGUACUACGCUGAACGUGGUGGCCCAUAUCUCCUUGGAGAUAAAAUCACCUAUGCCGACUUUGCGAUUUAUCAAUCCAUCGAUAAUGAUGAGAGAACUGGAACUCUUCCGACGCUGCCUGAAAACUUGGUGAAGCUCAGAAAAGCAUUUGAACAAAGACCACGUAUUGCCGAAUACAUUGCAAGUGGUCGUAACUCUAAAGUCUGA